CGCUGAACGCGAGCGCCAGACCCGUCUCCAAACGUCCGCGUGAACGAACCGCGGCGGCUUUUUUAACGGACGCUUUCGGACGUUACGGACCGUUUUAUGUCACCAUGGCAACGGCGGUCGGCGACGACGGAGGGAGCGGAUCGGUAAAUACGUCACUCGGACCCGGUCGCGUGUGAGUGGACGUUAAUAACUGACGUUAAUUAACUAUGAGCGGGACUCCAUCCAGCGCGCAUCAACGCUCGUCAGGAGAGAUUAAACUACGCCUCGAGAGCCCUUGCCAGCGACCUCUUGGACGUUCGUGGAUGUCAUGUCACCUCGUCGUCGUAGUGGGUAGGAGAGGACUCAAAGGAACGGAGGCGGGACUCUCACCGGGGACAGAUUUAGUUUUGCUGCAAUUUGUAGAGCCGUGACGUGCAGACGGAGAGACAAACAGCCGGACGGAGCAGAGUGACAAGUGGACUGGCGGGCAAAAUGGAGGACAAGUCGCAAGGUUUUCUGGGGACGGGGAGGACCGGAGAGGACGCCCCGGAGGUGUCUUUUUCGCCGGAGAGUGCGGCCGUCUCCAAUAUCGUGGAGCUCGACGACUUCGGCCGAACUGAAGACGGACUAAAACAGCCGGCGCGGAGCAGCGGCGUGGACAUUUGCCUCGGAGGCGGCGGCUCAAAGAGCUGGAAGGACGGCGGGUCGGACUCGGGCGACCGGGGACUCGGCGAAUCCCGGGUUGAGGUGGAGGUCGGCGUGGCCAGAACGGAGCGGGCCCCCGAGCCCCUCGGGGCCGACCCGGGGUUGGAGGGAACAGACGUGACCCCGCAGGCCGACGGAAAGACGAGACGUACCGCCGACGGCGGUGUCCCCGGACGCAGCUCGGACCCCUCUGUCCAAAACGCCAAAGACAGUCCAGACGACGACAGAGGCGACCGCGAAGCCAAAGCGGGAAGCCCGCCCGGCGGCGGGCCGCCCGCGUGGCCCGACGUUGCGUUCAGAGGCGCCCAAGCGAGGGACAGCAUCGACGUCAGGUGGGACCACGAGUACGAGGACGGAGACGAGGACCGGCAGAGCAACCGGUCCCGGCAGAGCGUGAAGGAGGGGGUGAGCUGCUGCUACCAGAUGUUCCACAGGGCUUUCCUGCAGUGCGUGGAGGAGACACCGGCCAUGCUGUCCGGACUGGUGCUGUCUCUGGCCUUCUGUGUGGCCAUCAUCGUCGUCACUUCCACCACCAGGGGACAGAACAUCAACCCCCACGUCGGCGCCCUGUCGGUGCUGAGCGUGGUCCUGUGCCUGAGCGCCGCCCUGCUGGUCUGCCUGCCCUGGCUGGCCACGGUGAGGCGCUGCGGAGGAGCCCUGGCGCUCUUCGUCUGGGGGACGCUGUACGUCGUCGCCAUCGUCUUCGUCUUCACCGGCGGGAACGUCACCGCGUGGGAGCAGGUGGCGUUCUUCCUCUUCCUGUCUCUGAGCGUGUACACCGUGCUGCCGCUCUCCAUGGCCUGGGCCCUCAUGGUGGGGAUCGGCACCAGCCUCUCGCACGUCGUCAUCAUCAGCGUGUACGUCCCCGUCACCAGCCCAAGGACUCCCGACCUGGCCGUGCAGCUGGUGGCGAAUGCGCUGCUGCUGGUGUGCGUGAACGGCGUCGGGAUUUUCCACCUGUGGAUGAGCGAGCGGGAUCGCAGGAAAUCCAACCGGAAGAGAGAACAGUUUAGCGCCAUUCGCUCCCGCAAGGAAAUAAGGAAAUAUCAGCAGGAGCUGCUCCUCCUGUCGGUGCUGCCGCGCUACAUCGCCAGGGAGCUGAAAACCGAGGUCAUCAACAAGCUCUUCAAGCCCAAAAGCGAGGAGAAGAACGAAAGCAACCCCCACAACUUCCACAGCCUCUACGUGCGCAAGCACAGUGACGUCAGCAUCCUGUACGCGGACAUCGUGGGCUUCACCAAGCUGGCGAGUAGCUGCACGCCCGAGGAGCUGGUCGCCAUGCUCAACAAGCUCUUCGGCAGAUUCGACGACAUCGCCAAGGUCAACGGGUGUCUUCGCAUCAAGAUCUUGGGCGACUGCUACUACUGCGUAUCUGGUCUGCCCGACCCCAUCCCCACCCACGCCAGGAACUGUGUGCAGAUGGGCCUGGACAUGUGCAACGCCAUCAGUAAACUGCGAGCGGCGACGGGGGUCGAGAUCAGCAUGCGCGUGGGCGUCCACACGGGCAACGUGCUGUGCGGCGUGAUCGGCCUGCAGAAGUGGCAGUACGACGUGUGGUCACACGACGUCACGUUGGCCAACCACAUGGAGUCCGGAGGUCUUCCCGGGCGGGUCCAUAUCACGGAGGAGACGAUGCAGCACCUGAACGGAGCUUAUGAAGUGGAGGUUGGGGACGGGGGGAGUCGGGACCUUCUCCUCAAAGGCAGAAAAACCUACCUGGUGAUCGACGCACACAGGCCGCAGAGCUUCACCAGGAGAACUCAUUUAGCUCCGCUGACAGGCGAGAACAGGCAGCGGGCGUCCAUCCGGAUGUCUCAGUACCUGCGGUCCUGGCAGAACAUCCACCCCUUCGCUGACCUGAGCGACCCGGACGCCACGCCCUCCAAGAAGAAGACCCUCGCCAAACGCCCUACGCCCCCACGAACGGCACGGCCACCUUGCCCGAACAACGACGGCUGUUUGGUUGUGGAUAGUGGCGUCCGGGGGUCACUGGACACUCUGGACAGGGCAGUGAGGAGAAAAAAGAAGCUCAACUGUUUGACUCUGCUGUUCAACGACCUGAGUCUGGAGAAGGAGUUCUCCCUUUCGGAGGUCAAAGGUCUGCACCAUUCCAUGACCUGCCUCGCUUUCAUCUUUGUUACUAUUUUCGCCGUCCAGAUGCUGGUCUCCGAAAAGAAUUUUCCGCUGGCGGUGUCGUACGGGACGACCUUCCCGGUGCUGGUGCUGCUGCUGUCCAUCGCGUUCACCGGGUACCUGGAGAAGUGGAGGACCAAGAUGCCGCUCAGCGUUCAGUGGAUAUCGCGUCUGUCCCGCGGCGUCUCCAAGAGGGCGGCGCUGCGCCUGUUCGUGGUCGUCCUGUGUAUUCUCAUCACCUUGCUCAUGGCCAUCCUCAACUAUUCUUUCCUUCCUGGAAACAACUGUACGUUGAUUACCAACAUAACCGAGCUGGAGGGUUUCAACCUUUACACCGGGCCUUACUACCUGUACUGCUGCCUGCUGGCCAUGCUGGGAGUGAUCGUGUUCGUCAGGACCAGCUUGUCGGUGAAGUCCCUGCUGCUCACGCUGGCCGUGGUGGUUUACUUGGCGCUCUUCCUCGGCGUUUUCACCUCGAGGUCCUUCUGCCUCGUCAACCUGCUCUACGACUACCAGCCGGGCGUUCUGAAGGACCCUCAGAUCAUGUCCGGGGUCUGGCUGGUCAUCUUCUACAUCGUCUGCCUCAUUCUGGCCCGACAGGACGAGCUGAGUGGCCGCGUGGACUUCCUGCUGGACCGCUGCUUCAAGUUGGAGAGAGAGGAGAUGGAGACCAUGGAGACGGUCAACAAGCUCCUCCUCCAGAACGUCCUGCCGCUCCACGUCGCCGCCUUCUUCUUGGGAAAAACUUACCGCAACCAGGACCUUUACAGCCAGUCGUACGACUCGGUGUGCGUGAUGUUCGCCUCGGUGCCUGAGUUCAAAGAGUUCUACAGCGAGAGCAGCGAAAACCAGGACGGGCUGGAGUGCCUGCGCUUCCUCAACGAGAUCAUAUCGGACUUCGACGAGAUUCUCUCCAAGCCCAAGUUCUGUUCGGUGGAGAAGAUCAAGACCAUCGGCAGCACGUACAUGGCCGCCGCGGGGCUGAGACACGCGCCGCCAGGGGAAGGAGAAAAGAAGGUGGAUAUGUCCUACACCCACGUGCGCACCAUGCUGGAGUUCGCCAUCGCUCUGAUGGGCAAACUGGAGGCCAUCAACACUCACUCUUUCAACGCCUUCAAACUCAGGAUCGGAAUAAACCACGGCCCGGUGAUCGCAGGAGUGAUCGGAGCGCACAAACCUCAGUACGACAUCUGGGGGAACUCCGUCAACGUGGCCAGCAGGAUGGACAGCACGGGGGUGCUGGACAAGAUACAGGUGACGGAGGAGACGGCCCAGAUGGUGGAGAGCGUCGGGUACAGCGUCACGCUGCGAGGAGUCGUCCACGUCAAGGGCAAAGGCGACCUCACCACCUACUUCGUUAACAGGGACCAGUCGACCCCUCACUUCUGACCUGCGCAGCGAUCACCCGUUAUUACGGCCCGACCCGACAGAUGUCAUCGGACCCCCCCCAACAUCUGCACUGACUCGAUGCGGAAACGAACGCGGAGCAUCAGAUGAUGGAGCUGCCUCCGUCCUUCGGGAUGAACUGCUGAAUGAAGAGUGCAGCUGAGCAUUGUGCUCAGGACGAUAGAAAGCAGGUCGCUCAGUGUGUCUGCCGCUGUAUCUGGUUCAUCACACCCCUCUCACCGAACACACAGUCUGAAAUGAUGCCGCGCUCACACGGCGGAAUCACACGAACGCCGUUCGUGUGGGUUUAAUUUAUUGGAAAAAAGAUAUAAGCUAUCCAUCUUAGAAGUACCAAGGUUACAGUUUUAUGAAGAUUUUAUUCUAGGAUGUUCUUUUUACAGUGUUUUAAAACACCAUUUACUAUUUAGUUAUUUUUUUCUUCUCGUAUUUAAAUGUUUUGUGUCAAAGUAUGCUGGUACAGAACAGUCUUUGAAUGUAGGAAUCUGUGACAAGGAAAGAAGAGCACACUAGUUGUGUACCGUCUAAAGGUGCCAUGUUACAGAUUACAGAUGUGUCAUCUGUAAUCUAGGAGUUUAUUGUGAAAUCCUGGAUCGUUCUACCUACUACGCCCAACGAAUAAUAUGCAAUCACAAUCACUCAGCCGUUACACCAUUCAUGAACGUGUAGAAGUACACACCGCUUUAUUUUGUGGUACGUGUCACAAAACCAAAUAUUUAGGAGCCUCUGGUCACUGCAGGCUGUCAUGUGAUGCUGCAACAACUUGGAAAAAAUAAUGCACAUUUUAAAUUGCACUUUCUUGCACUUAUUUUCUUAAAAGGAGUUUUGCAUUGUAAAGCAAACGUUGAUUAUACACUACUGUUCUCUUUUUUUAUUUAAUCAAAUGUUUCUACGAGGGAUGAAGUGUGAACGUACACUUGGAGAGAAUGAAGAGAUUGAGUAUGUUGAGUAAAGGAAAUAUUUUUCUAUUAUAUUUAUAAACUUAAUAAAACAAAAAUACUACCAC